AUGAGGCCAUCGCUCGCCUCAUUCUCUCCACUUCGGCCUGCAGCUUCACUCAUUCUUCCACCGUCAACCGGUGAGUCAGAAAGUGAAGUAACAGAGCAGCCUCAGACGGUUCUCCCAGACAGCCUUUCGGCUCCCCAUCUUACUCUUUAUGCAGGCGAAAUUUUGAUUUUGGCAAUCAUCGGCGAAAAGGUUUGCGGAGAAUUGGGUUGA